AUGCAUCGCUGGAGAGAGGACGGGAGGACGGGACCACGGGAGGACGGGACCACGGGAGGACGGGAGGACGGGAGCACGGGAGCACGGGAGGACGGGAGCACGGGAGGACGGGAGCACGGGAGGACGGGAGCACGGGAGGACGGGAGCACGGGAGGACGGGAGCACGGGAGGACGGGAGCACGGGAGGACGGGAGGACGGGAGCACGGGAGGACGGGAGCACGGGAGUACGGGAGCACGGGAGGACGGGAGGACGGAAGGAUGGGAGCACGGGAGCACGGGAGGACUGGAGCACGGGAGGACGGGACCACGGGAGGACGGGAGCACGGGAGGACGGGAGCACGGGAGCACGGGAGGACGGGAGCACGGGAGGACGGGAGCACGGGAGGACGGGAGGACGGGAGCACGGGAGGACGGGACCACGGGAGGACGGGAGCACGGGAGGACGGGAGGACGGGAGCACGGGAGGACGGGAGCACGGGAGGACGGGAGCACGGGAGGACGGGAGGACGGGAGCACGGGAGGACGGGACCACGGGAGGACGGGAGCACGGGAGGACAGGAGCACGGGAGGACGGGAGCACGGGAGGACGGGAGGACGGGAGCACGGGAGGACGGGAGCACGGGAGCACGGGAGCACGGGAGCAUGGGAGCACGGGAGGACGGGACCACGGGAGGACGGGAGCACGGGAGGACGGGACCACGGGAGGACGGGACCACGGGAGGACGGGAGGACGGGAGCACGGGAGCACGGGGGACGGGGACGGGAGCACGGGAGCACGGGAGGACACGGGAGCACGGGAGGACAGGAGCACGGGAGGACGGGACCACGGGAGGACGGGACCACGGGAGGACGGGAGGACGGGAGCACGGGAGGACGGGAGAACGGGACCACGGGAGGACGGGAGGACGGGAGGACGGGAGCACGGGAGGACGGGAGGACGGGAGGACGGGAGGACGGGAGCACGGGAGGACGGGACCAUGGGAGGACGGGAGCACGGGAGGACGGGAGCACGGGAGGACGGGAGGACGGGACCACGGGAGGACGGGACCACGGGAGGACGGGAGGAUGGGAGGACGGGAGCACGGGGACGGGAGCACGGGAGGACGGGGGAGGCGGGACCAUGGGAGGACGGGACCACGGGAGGACGGGACCACGGGAGGACGGGACCACGGGAGGACUGGACCACGGGAGGACGGGAGGACGGGAGGACAGGAGCACGGGAGGACGGGACCACGGGAGGACGGGAGGACGGGAGCACGGGAGGACAGGACCACGGGAGGACGGGAGCACGGGAGGACGGGAGCACGGGAGCACGGGACCACGGGAGGACGGGAGCACGGGAGCAUGGGAGCACGGGAGCAUGGGAGCACGGGAGGACGGGCAUAAAGCAAAGCAGUUCGACACAGCUCAGAGAGCUGCUGGAGCUGCUGGAGCGUGUGCUACAGCUUGGGACUGUGGCCAUGUCGGGGAUGAACCGACAGGAACACAGCCUUGUCAGUUUUAUGCAGGUCAGGACCGCUCCCAUCUGCUUGACUGAAUCUGCCUCUCUGCCUCCCAGUGAAGUGACGAGCCACAAGGAGAGAAGCCAGGAGCAGAGAGAUGGAUGGGCCGUCGUCCCAAACGCCACCGCAUUCCUUAUGUAG